CUUUUCUAGUGGACGGAAAGCCGGGCUCCUGUAUUCAAGCGAUCAAACCGGUUUCACUGUGGAGAGGGCUUCAGAUUAUUUUUGGGGCAGUACUACUAUGGAUGUCUCACGAGCAGCAGCGUUUUGCGUGAUUUUUGUCUUCUUCUGGGAUUUACCGGGUUUCCACUCAGCUGCUAUUUUAACUCCCUCGGUCCCGAGGAGAAACAAGGGGACGAGGGUCCUGUAUGAUGGACAGGAGUCACCCAAAUUCUUGGAAGAGAUCUUCGCAUCCUCCCAGAGCCAAAGCAAUCAGCAGGAUGAUUUUAAAGACGCCAUUAUACCCCACGAUUACAUGCUCUCCAUUUACAGGACGUACUCGGCGGCUGAAAAACUGGGGCUAAACGCGAGUUUUUUCCGGUCGUCAAAGUCUGCCAACACCAUAACAAGUUUUGUGGACAGAGGAAAAGACGAUCUCUUGCACUCUCCUUUGCGAAGACAAAAGUAUCUGUUUGAUGUCUCGGCCCUUUCGGACAAAGAGGAGCUGGUGGGAGCUGAAUUAAGGAUAUUUAGAAAAGUACCAGGGGAUUUCCAAACGACCCAGACAGGCCUCUAUGGCAUUCAAAUACUCUCCUGUCGAUCAGAGAGGCUACUGGAUUCCAGAUCUCUUGAUCUUCAGGAUGCUCAAAAGCCAGGAUGGGAGGUUUUGGAUGUGUGGGAAAUGUUUAAAAACCGCCAUCACUCCUCACAGGGGGGCCGGCUUUGUGUCCAGCUCAGGGCCACUCUUGGUAAGACAGAAACGGAAACUGAUUUAAAACAUCUCGGAUUUGACAGGAGCGACCGCGCCCAGCAGGAGAAGGCGAUUUUGGUGGUUUUCACCAGGUCCAAGAAGAGGGAGAACCUGUUCAACGAAAUGAAAGAAAAGAUAAAAUCCCGCGGGUCGCGGACAAAAGAAGAGGACGACAGCCUUCAGUUUAAAGCCCGGCGCAGACGCAGGACUGCGCUGAACAGCCGCCACGGGAAAAGGCACGGGAAAAAGUCCAGGUCCAGGUGCAGCAAGAAGGCACUGCAUGUUAAUUUUAAAGACCUGGGCUGGGACGACUGGAUCAUCGCACCACUGGAUUACGAAGCGUAUCACUGCGAGGGCGUGUGCGACUUCCCGCUGCGAUCGCACCUGGAGCCGACGAACCACGCCAUCAUCCAAACCCUGAUGAACUCCAUGGACCCCAGCAGCACGCCGCCAAGCUGCUGCGUGCCAACCAAACUCAGCCCCAUCAGCAUCCUCUAUAUAGACUCUGGCAACAACGUCGUAUACAAACAGUACGAGGACAUGGUGGUGGAACAGUGUGGCUGCAGGUAGCGACUUACUCUCUCCGUGACACUGGUAGGUGUGGAGAUGAGAUCGCAAACGAGAAGACAAAUAACACGUGGGCCCAUCCAGCGUGAAAAGGAAGCAGUUUCCAAAAGGUCUUGGACCCCACAGCUUUUGCGUUUGCUACACCAAGAAAGCCUUAUCAAUACUCGAAAAGGGAUUUUAAGUACAGUUCAUUAUUGUUAGCAUAUGCAAAUACUAGGCCUAUAUUUAUUCCGUCAUUUUAAGCUCCGUGAAAUGUAUUCCGUCAUUUUAAACUCAGACGUAGUAACUGUCAGUUAACCGCGAAGUCAUGGUAAGUUUUUGCCUAUUCAUUUCCAUUAAGAAAAUUAAUUUAUCACUCACUCGAGUACAUGGACACACAGAUGGCAGUAAGCAGUUUAAUUUCCACAAGGGAAAUCUGCGCUGUCCAUUUUGGUGUCGCCGUUCUCCCCUAUUGACGGAGUCACUCGUUAAAAAUGAUAAAUGUUUUAUCUGAAUGGAAGAAAACAAGGAGCACCGUUAUGAACAGAGAGAAUUCUAUGUUGGAUUUUAAUACGAAACCUCAACAAGCACCUGUUUAAAACUAAGGCCCUUAGUGUUGAAGCAGAAGGACUGAUUGUAAAUCUGUAAUUCCUUCCGUGGUCCUGAAACCUGGGAACUUGGGAUGGUAUGACCCUGAGAUGUGAGCUACUGCCGCCUCUCUUAGUGAUGAAUGUGAUCUAUGAAACGCAGAUCGAGAUGUAAUGAAAGUAUAGGAACUGCGCUGUGAUUAACGCCACUCGUACUCUGCGGGUCCGACACCCAAACCACAGCUGUGGAAAACUUUUAUACCAUCUAGACUGUGCGUAACUAACAUAAGUAAAGGUGUGUCGUAGAUCCGCAUGGUCUGGACAAGAAAGUCGAGCUGAAAUAGACUUUGGACAAUCGGUCAUAGUGCCCGUGCGAAGUCACAAUGAGAAAAAAACAAACGAAGACUGGGACUUAAGAGUCGCUUCCUAUAAGUUUGCAGGAACCCCUGACGCUUGGUUGAACUUUUACCUGCGUGACUGCAACGUCUGCAUCCGUACAAAUGCACUUCCACGGCAACCGCCCGCUUCCACGUUGCACGGAGGGAAGUUUCCGCGACGAAUCCACUGACUAAAAAAGACUCGCAAGCGAGACAUCAAAGUAAUGCACAUUAGCUUUAAAUGCACUGCUGUUCAUAAUUUGAGCUGUAAAUAUUUGUAUAUUUAAACUCCUCAAGUGCAACAACGGAGAAAUGAACCACCGCAUUUCUUGUAAAUGUAUAUACCUUUAUAUGCACUCAAAUCCUUAAUUUCUAAUCUAUUAUUAUUUUAUUAUUUGUGUUGUACAUAUGAGUCUCAUGAUAAUCAUAUUUCUUACGUUGAUAAGAGUAAUUUAAAAAUGUAUUCAUUAUUCUGUACUGAGGGUGGAAACACAAUUAAUCUAUGUCUACCUCACAGUUAUAGACUUCGACUUCUGAGGCGAAUUCAUGUAGAGUCUAAAGUGUUUUUUUUUCUCAAUUCUAUAUUUUUAAUGGAUAAUAUUUCGCACUAUUACUGUACUAAUAAAAUGGGGAAA